AUGAGACGCAUCGAACUUCCUCACGAGGUAAUCUGUAUGAUCCUAGCCCUCGUCCCUCUAGAGUCCAAGAAAGCAUGCUCCCUGGCCUCCAAGAAAUGGAGAACUUUGGUGCUCCCGCUGCUUUUCAGGGAGAUCAAUCUUUAUUCUUCGAUUCGGCUGAGGAUGCAUGUACCGGAAACUCCAGUUAUGGAUAACUUUAUCCAGACUUUCUGUCAUAUGCAUGAAGAGGCUGGAGCGGUGGGUAAACCGAAUCGACUUGAUUUCAGGCGCUGCGUACGACAAUUGCACGUUGAUUGCCGGAUGACCUCAGAUCAGUUCGAAGAGUUCAGUUGCGCUGUACUGAGGCUGCAAAACUUGGAGCACCUUCACUGGGACAUCUCGAAAUUCUCUAGUUAUGUCAGGUCGGACUAUCUGUUGGAGCUUUUGCAGAAGAUACCAAAACUUGGUUCGCUUAGUUUAACCCUUGCAAAGUCCGACAUCAUUUUGAGAAACCGAACCAAGGUUGUGGCGCUAACUAGCUUACGGGAGCUUGAGAUUGAUUUGUGUAUGUAUCAGUGGACAGGUACUAGUAGUACCAGUCGUGGUAGUCCUAGACGUGCCACGCGCAAGACGAUAUCGAUUGUCCGGAACGAUGACUUGCUAUCACCUCUAUAUGGACUUGUCGAGAUUAUUCGCAACGCGCGUAACGUCGAAUUACUGUCUCUGUCACUGCAUGAAAACGGCGAGAUACUAGAAGAAGACAAUUGGGAAAGCGGGGCUCUGUUUCUAGCACUGCGUUCAGACCGUUUUCCCAAUUUGGGCACACUCUUGAUCAACUCGAGUCGUUUAUGGCCUCAUGAUUCACCUUUAUAUAAACUUAUUCGGAACCAAGUACGACUAGAAAAGCUGGUCGUGAGUCCACGCAAAUAUAACGGCAGCCGGUGGGAAGACGCAGAUAGAUUGCCAUCGACUUUUACCCCAAAUUUCAUAGAAGAGCUGAUGCCAUCGGUUCGUUACUUUGGGGGCCCGCUAUUCAUGACCCAACCCCUACUCAAAUCCAGCCUUUCGAAACAACUGGAGAUAUUGGAGCUUACUUAUCCAAAGUACGAGGACCUUGAUACUGUGUCCAAGUUAUUUCCGAAAACUGGUAAUUCGACUGCACAUGUGCCAGUGCUACCACGUUUGAGAGCCUUAGGGGUAUUCGGAACGAUUGACAAGAGCGAUCUCACGAGUGUAAUUAAUGUUAGAGCACUCUGUAAAUUGGCUCAUCAUAUGCCUAUGCUGGAAGAACUUGUUAUAUGCGACUUAUACUUGAACUCGAAGAGAGUGGAAGAAUUGUUCCAGUUGUUGGAUCAGCUACCUCGCCUCCGUAGACUAGCCGUCUUUACAACUUCAAGCGAUGGGUUUUCUCUCUUGCACGAGCGCGCUAGGGCCAGCUUUUCCCGGUUGGAGGUUGUUAACAGUUCUCAACUCAUUUCAGUCCUGUCAUAA